AUGUCGCAGACACGCGCGCAUAUCGUCGCGUACCCAUUCCCGGCGUGGGGCCAUGCCCGCCCCCUCAUUAACCUCGUUGCACGGCUUGUGAAGCUACGGGCCCUUGAUGUGACAUUGUUAGUCACCGAUGACUUUCUCGACCAGGCCUUCGCAGAGCUCAGGCGCAAUAUGGGACCCGACGAACAGGAGCACACCGCAUCGAUCAGGAUCCUUUCGCUAGGGGCGGGGCACUUCAGCAGAUUGGCCGAGCUCGAUAAGGCGUUUGAGGAGACAUGGACGCAACUCGUCACCGGGGAAGAGGCGGUAUGUAGGAAGACGGGCACGCGCAUCGCCCCUCUUCAGCGGCCCCAGGCCAUCAUCGUAGACAUGUUCGGGAUCCAAGCAUUCGGAACUGUCAUGGAGCUGAGCGGCGACACGGUGAAGGUACAUGUGUGGUGCUCAGGGUUGACAGCGGCGAUGUUCCACCUCUUCGGUCCAGAGGAGUUGGGUGGGAAGGGCAACGUCCGUGCUAGGGCCGAGGAGGAAGCACGCCAAACGGGCGUGUCGUUGACAGACAUCAUCAUGAGGGUACGUGUCCCAUAUUCUCGCGAAUUAGUUCGUGUACCCGGGAUGCCACCCAUGUACGACUACGAGUACUACCCACAGCCGGUCAGUCCGUUAGCUAUGUUCUCACUCUCGUCAUGGCUCCACAGGAUGCUGGAGGCGUGCGAUGGUAUGCUCCUCUACACCUCCGAGGCAUAUGAAUCCGAAGCGGUGGCGGCGAUGAGGGAGUGGUUCGGCAAGACCUCGCGCGGCAUUUACGUCACUGGGCCAUUGGUGCCCAUCGGCGUCCAGACGACGGGCCAAGAACGGGAGCGGUCGGAGGAUGCUGACAAGAUACAGGCAUUCCUGGACUCUACGCUUGCAACUUUUGGCGAGCGGUCUCUGCUUUACAUAUCGUUUGGGACCAUGCUCCACGGCGAAGACGUCGUCGAGAAGCUGUGGGCGUUGCUUGAUAUCGUUAUGGAGCUCAAUAUUCCCUUCGUCAUGAGCCACGCUUCUUCUCCUGGCACUGAUAUCCCGGAUGACGCAAAGGCGAAGAUCGACGCAUACUCUAAGGGACUGUUGUCGCCUUGGGUCCCUCAGCAGACACUCCUCGAACACACUGCCACAGGAUGGUUCCUCACCCAUGGUGGGCACAACAGCGCCAUGGAGGCAGUCGUGGCGGGAGUGCCCAUGAUAUUCUGGCCAUUCGGAGCCGACCAGCCUCUCACCACCGUGCACGUCACCGACAACCUCCACGCAGGCUACGAGCUCAUCGAAACGCGCAGCGGUCCUGACGGCCUCAAGCCCAUCUACCGUAACGGGCGCCAGCCCCUUGGAACCGUCGAGGCGUUGAAGGCUGAAGUGCGCGAGGUGCUUCAGAAGGCUUUCGGCGAGGAUGGCGGGGAGAAGCGCAAGAAUUUGCCCAAGAUCUCGUCGGUCGUCCGGUGUGAUUGGGAGGAGGGUGGGGCGGCGAAAAGGGACAUAUCUGUGUUUCUUAGCAAUCUCUGAAGCUGUAUAUGUGGUAGUUGAUGGUCAAGUUACCUCCUGAAUCCGGUCCG